AUGAACGGGAGUUUGGGGAUAACGCGCGGUCCGGAGCAACAUCCACAGCGGUUCGCGGAUUACUUUGUCAUAUGCGGCCUCGACAAGGACUCGGGUCUUGAACCAGACAAGUACUUCGGUGACUCAUUGCAGUGUACACCCCUGGAUCGAGCAUAUAAAAGCAAAGUGUUAGGACAUUAUCCAGACUCAGUACCAUGGAAUCCCUUCGACGAACACGCUGUCUGUAUGCUUUGUCUGCCAAGCGGUUUGCGAUUUCGUACACAAAAGCAUUCGGUGGAACCGACCUUCCACUCCUUUGUCCUCACGAAAGAAGAUGGUCACAGAACAUACGGAUUCAGCCUCGUUUUCUACGAGGAGUGCCGCAAUCGCAAAAUAUGUUCCGCUAUGCAAACGUUACAAGCGAUGCACAUCACAGAGCUCAGCAGUGGUCAAAACGGCACGCCCCCCACUGCGAGAAAAGGUCAGGAUGGACAUAACACAAGAUCGCUGCCUCGUCAUUUUAAAUUGUCGGCUCAUUCGCCUAGUGCUGCGUUAGGAUAUUAUGAUUCUACCAAAGACAAGUUGCUAGUGACUAAAUCAAUAUCCUUGCUAUGCCAACAACCUUACCUCCAUGCGACAAAGACGUUCCUCACUAAUCUCUAUAAAUGUGUUCCUAGACAUCCUGGACCUGGUCUUAGCUUAGAAUCUUAUGUGUAUAACCUUCUAUAUAACGUACCAGUACCGUUACCUGGUAAAUCGUUGAAGUUUUUUGUACCUAAUGAUGAACCAGCAAAAUCGCCAUUAGAAUUGGUCAUCCAUCAACCGUCUCCAUCGCUAGAGUUACCGAUGUUGGACUAUCCCCUCAAAGAUGUGUUCACGUGGUUGGGCGCAGAUUGCCUAAUCCAAUUGUUCACAUGUGUACUGUUGGAGAAUCAAGUUCUGUUGAGAAGCGCUGAUUUUCACAAGCUGAUGGUGGUGUCUGAGUGCAUAACGGCGCUCUUGUUUCCUUUCUCGUGGCAACACGUCUAUGUACCGAUAUUACCCGCCAGUCUGCAUCACUUCUUAGAUGCACCUGUGCCCUUCAUAAUGGGUCUACAUGCGCACAAUGAGGGUGGUGUAUUGAAAAUCGCUAGCGAAGCAAACCUUUGUUAUGUAGAUAUAGAUAAGCAAAGUAGCCAAUUUCCGGAAGAAUUACCCGUGUUUCCUCAUAAAAUGCAAUUUAUUAAUGAGAUUAGAACGCUUCUAAACAAGUACAAAAUACCACAUUCAGGAAAGACUGAUAAUAUGGUUAUUAACUAUUACAAUGGUGACAUCAUGACCAGUAGCCUGACACUUCCCGGUUCUGGUUUUCAUCUUCCUCGCAGAAAACAUUCUUUACAUGAUGUGCUAGAUUGGGAUCGACCGGAACCAGGACCACAGUCAGAUAAUUUGCAAAGAACAGUGGAUAUUGUUAAAAGAUCAGUGGAUGAUAUUGAUCCUAUAGAGGAUACUACGGAAAAAAUACUCACUCCGCAAGAAGAAUAUCAAGAGACUCUUAUCUUUAAUAAUGCUAUUAGGGAAAUUUUUUUGAACCGUUUUGUACAAAUGUUUUCUAGUUAUGAACAUUUUGUUAUUCAACCAAGUCAGGACAAGGAUGAAUGGAUAAACAACAGGGAUAGUAUGCAUGUUUUUGACAAGGCUACAUUUUUAUCUGAUCAGCCAGCACAGCAUCUGCCGUUUUUGUCGAGAUUCCUGGAAACACAGAUGUUUGCUUCUCUUGUUGACAGCAAAGUCAUGUCGACGUGGAGUGAACUCGACUGUAACAUUAAAGUUUUUGACCAAAGAAUUUCCGCUUUAAAGAAAAAAGUCGGAGAAAGUAUUAUACGAUCAAUGCGAUACGAGUCUUGCACGAGCAUCGUAGAUUCGCAACAAAUACUCGAACAAAGAUUAAUUAACAUAGAUUUUGAAACAAAUCCGCCUACGGAGAUUCUUCCUCAUAGAGCCGCAUAUUUUCGGAGUUUUCCUUUACUGGAUAAUGUCGCGUUGAAUAAAGAACCUGCUCAAAGUAUUCUUCGUAGUAGGAGAGGACAGACACAAUGGAAAUACAAAAUGAAAUCUAUGGAUACGAACGGAAAGCCUGCUAUACCCCAAGAAUCUCAGUCACCUCGACCUCAAACUAAACUCUCGGCAGACAUGAGCCCUGCUUUAAUAGCGCAAGCUAAUUGGACGUUUGUAGAAAAGUUGCUCAAGGAUUGUAAAUCCAAGACGAAGAGAAUGUUAGUGGAAAAAAUGGGAUCGGAAGCUGUUGCGCUUGGUCACGGGGGCGAGUCUCUGUCAGAUGUUGAAGAGAAUACUUUGGUUGCUAGUCUCUGUGAUCUGUUGGAACGAGUAUGGAGCCAUGGAUUGCAAAAUAAGCAGGGCAAAAGUGCUCUUUGGUCGCACUUGAAUAUGUAUCAGGAAUCGGAAGAAUGUAACGAUGCAACUAAAUCUAUAGAUUCCAACUUUCUUUCUCCUGCGCUAGCGUGGUCCGUGCUGCGGAAGCGACUCGAUUAUUUAUCAAAUUUGCAAUUGGAGACGGACGUUUCACCCACAAGAGCCACGGAUAAACACAAAUCUCCUAGUGAGAGGAAAACCAUUGGUCCUGAACAUUUAAGACCUCUCCCGGAUUCUCUAAUCUUCGACAUCCGCAAUGUUCAAGCGAUGACUGAUAUUAAAACACAUAUUGGAUAUGCAAGAGCGUGGGUGCGGCUAGCGCUUGAAAAGAAAUUGCUGUCGCGUCAUUUGAAGAUGUUAUUGUCGGAUAUUGCUUUAUUGAGGAGCCAAUACAAACGAUCAGCGUUUUUACGCUGUGAAGAAGAGAAAGAGCAAUUCUUAUACCAUCUUUUAACAUUGAACGCUGUCGACUACUUUUGCUUCACGAAUAAUUAUCCAACAACGAAGUUACCAUAUCGAGUUGUGAUAUUUCCCAGUCGAAAAGCAAGCGCCGCUACUACUUCGGCUAAUAGUUGGAUUGCUAUUUCUGGCACACUCUGCGAAACUAAUCCCGUACCCAUACCAAAAGGAGCACUUGAAUUUGUAUUCCAUCAUAAAAAUUUAGGAGUAUUGUCUACAUUACGGAUUGGACAUGACAAUACCGGAUUGUCGCCAAAAUGGAUGGUGGAACACGUUGUAGUGAGAAACGAAGUAACUGGACACACAUUUAAGUUUCCCUGUGGUCGUUGGCUUGGCAGAGGAAUAGAUGACGGGUCUACCGAGCGUUUAUUGGUGGGUGCUUUAGUACCUCGAAGCAUUGAUAGCGAAGAAUUGGUAGAGUCAUGUUCCACGCCUCCAAGAUGUAGAUCUCCAAGUAUACCUAGGCGUCCUAUAUUCUCGCAAGUUGAAUUACAACAUAUGCUUGGUGAAGCUGUAAACGCUAUAGUCAAAUAUCACUACAAAAGAGAAUGUCAAGAUGGUUCCUUGACGGCAUUAUUGUGUGGAGAAGGCGGUCUCGUACCAUCCUUGGAACAAAUAUUUUUAUUUGGCUUUAAAAAUCAGAGAAUAUUUGGGAGAAAUUUUUAUGUAUGGGACUACCUUUUACGCAUAAAAGAAAAUUUUGAGAUUUCCCUGUUGGAGGAAAUGGAUGAAUAUUCUCAAAGGCUCAACCGCGAUAGAAGAAUGUACAGAGAAAGCAGUCAAAGAUUUACGAUCUUGAGAUGUUAUUGUCAUCUCAUCGAUCAGAUCAAUAUGUUCAGUCAAACUUUGGGGAAAGAUGGAAAAUUUCAGUUAUUUAUUUGUUUAGCGGCGAGAGAACAGCUUCUUCAUCCAAUGUUGCGACCGAUGAGCGAUGCGCGUUCUACGAUGGAUAUGUAUGAAGAGAAUUCGUUUUUAAGAAAUCCUACAUUACUGACUUUUCUUAUUCAUAUUCUUGAGCCACUGAGCGAGUUUCACAUUGUCCUCGAAAAGAGUUUGACUCAUGGAAUUUCGAGUAUAUGUUAAUAUAUAUCAAAACGUAUCGAUGUACAUUAAUUCGUUGCAAAUAUUCCAAGAUCUUUCGAUAAAUAUCGCGAAUCAUGAAAUAUUUCUAAUCUUAAAAAUAGUAUG